GCCUCACAUUAUUAGAAGUUAUUUCUUUCUCAUAUAGACAAAAUGCAUUAUCCAUAAAAUCUUCAUAACACAUCAAAACUUAGUCACUUCUCUGUAGUUCAUUUCAUUCAGAAUCAAUCAUGGAUGCUCCUUCUCCUCCUUUGCACAUAGCAAUGUUUCCAUGGUUUGCAAUGGGACACUUGACUCCAUAUCUUCACCUCUCCAACAAACUUGCCAAAAGAGGACACAAAAUCUCAUUCUUCAUACCUAAAAACACACUCAACAGGUUACAACAUCUCAACCUUCAUCCAAAUCUUAUUACCUUUUUCCCUAUCAAAGUUCCACAUGUUGAUGGCCUUCCUCAUAACGCUGAAACAACUUCAGAUGUACCCUUUUCUUUAGCCCCUCUUAUUGCUACAGCCAUGGACCAAACUCAGGAACAAAUUGAACUUCUUUUGAAGGAGGUAAAGCCACAAAUUGUUUUCUUUGAUUGGCAAUAUUGGCUACCAAACAUAACUAGAAACCUUGGCAUUAAAAGUCUCCAAUACAUGAUAUUGGGUCCACUAAUAGUAGCUUACGUUGAAAAUUUAGAAAGACAAAGUCAAGGAAGAGAUUUAACUGAAAUUGAUCUGGCGAAACAACCUUCUGAGUUCCCUGAUACAUGCAUCAAGUUGCAUUCACACGAACUUCGAUUCCUAAACUUAGUAAGAAAACUAGAGUUUGGCAGUGGUGUUUUAUUAUACGAUCGUAUGGGAAUAGGUGCAAAAUUGUCAGAUGCACUUGCUUUCAAAGGUUGCCAAGAAAUUGAUGGGAUAUAUGCUGAUUAUCUUCAAACUAUUUAUGAAAAACCCGUUUUGCUUUCAGGUCCUCUAUUACCUGAGCCACCAAAUACUACUUUAGACGAAAAAUGGGUUGCAUGGCUUAAGGAAUUCAAACAUGGUUCUGUGGUUUUUUGUGCAUAUGGAAGUGAAAGUCAAUUACAGCAUAAUCAGUUUCAAGAGCUGUUGCUUGGCCUUGAGUUAGCAGGUUUUCCGUUUCUUGCAGCCCUUAAGCCACCUAAUGGAUUUGAGACUAUUGAAGAAGCUUUACCUGAAGGGUUCAGUGAGAGAGUUAAAGGAAAAGGGAUUGUUUAUGGAAGUUGGAUUCAACAACAGUUGAUUUUGGAACAUCCUUCUGUUGGAUGUUUCAUAACACACUGUGGAGCUGCUUCUAUUACUGAGGGACUUGUUAAUACCUGUCAGUUGGUGUUCUUGCCGCGUGUAGAUGGUGAUCAUAUCGUAAAUGCAAGAGUAAUGAGUAGAAAGUUGAAUGUUGGUGUGGAAGUUGAGAAAGGUGAUGAAGAUGGAUUGUUUACAAAAGAAAGUGUGUGUGAAGCUGUGAAGACUGUGAUGGAUGAUAAGAAUGAGGUUGGAAGAGAAGUGAGAGAGAAUCAUGACAAAAUGAGAAACUUCCUCCUUGGCAACAAUUUAGAAUCUUCAUGUGUUGAUAGUUUCUGUCAAAAACUUUAUGAUUUGGUCUAGCAUUUUCAGUUACAGUGAUAAUAAAUCUUUCUAAUUCAGUUUGAUUAUAAGUAAGAAUGCCCUAUCAAUUGUUCAUGAAACUCCUUGUGAGGUAUCUAUAAAUUUAUCUCCAUUGCAUUUUAAAAUCUCAACAGUUAUAUUUUUGCCUAUCUAGCAACACAUAUUAUGAAGCAUGCACACCGGACACCUCUAAUAAUUUAGAAAAAUGAAUAGACGUAAAGACAAGUGUCAGUGUCGGUUUCAGACACGGACACACCUUUUUUCAUAGGUGUCUACAGAGAGCCAUACACAUAACUUUUCAUGAGAAUCCAAUCGUAUUGAUAAGAAUAUGCAUGUUUUUUAUUGAAAUCAUUCAAGCAUACAAUAAUAUAUUAGAGUUGGACACAGUUUCAACUAGUUAGGAAAUCUCCUGACUAAUUCUUGAAGCUUCUCACAGAAACUAUCAACACAUGAUGACUCCAAAUCAUGUAUUAAUAAGAUUAAGAGGUUCCUUGCUUUGGCAUGAUUAGUCCUAACUUCUCUGCCAAUCUCAUUCUCAUCAUCCAUCACAAUUUUCACAGCUUCACAAAUAUUUUCCUUUGUGAACAACCCAUCAUCUUCACUCGUCUUCACUUCAAUUCCGACCUUCAAUUCCCAACCCAUAAUCUUUGUAUUAAUGAUAUGAUCACUAUCUAAAUGCCGCAUCAACAUCAUCUGACACUUACUUACCAUAAUCUUUUUCAUGUCAUCACUUAAAUGUAUCUUUUCUGUUCUUACCCUACAUUGUCGUUUUCUUUUUGGCUUUUAGUUUUAUCUCCACCAGUAAAUACCUCUAAAAAAAAUCAUACUUCCUUUGGUCCUGAAACAAAUUACCAUGAACCCAAUUCCAUAAAGA